AUGGCCUCCGAUCGGGGUCCCAACGCGGAAAGUCCGCGAGUUGGCUCGGCCGCGCCGCAGCCUGUUGUAAACACUACCUUUGCCGCCGUCGCCGAUGCAUCUCGACAGAAGUCGCUCAAGCGCACACGUGAGACGACUCCACCAAUGCAAGAUGCUGAGUCUGGGGGAGACAUGUCGCCAUCCAAGAUCGCCCGGCUGGUCGGGUUUGCGAGACAGUCGCAUCCAUCUGACGCGCCCCGCGACGAGGCAAGCGGGCAGGACGAGGAGGCCCAGCAGCAACAACAACACCAGUACCAUCAGCCUGCCCCGCCGCAGCCACAGCCGCUGGGCCAGCUAGAACAUAGCGACGCCCAACCUGCGACGCAAAACGCGUUGAACGACCUCAUGGCCAGCGUUGCGACUGAGAUAAACAGCCGAUCCCAAGAAACACCUCCGGACGCGGGUCAAACCGACAUCGAAGCUGCGGCGGCUGCAGCUGCGAGAGCGCUCAGCUCUGUGGCUUUACCGGCACCAAGCCAUGUUGCCACGGAGGAGCUUCAAGACGUGAGCCCGCAAAGCGGCGCCAGCGGGCCUACCCUGGCAGACGGCGAUGGGCAAGUAGUUGAUAGCCCCGCGGCCAUGGAUAUCGACCAGCGCCACGACCAAAACGCAUAUCCGCCACAACCAGAAGCCCAGAUGGAGGAUGGCAACAAAACCGCACAUACACUCCACAAGUUGCAUACGGGCGAGAAACCCCAUGUCUGCCCGAAUUGCGACCGGAAGUUCGCCCGUGGAGACGCAUUAGCUCGACACAGCAAAGGAGCAGGCGGAUGCGCAGGCAGACGACAGACAUUGAGUCUCUUUGGGGCCCUCAAAGAGAGCUUUGAUGGUUCAAAUGCCGCGGCUACCGCACCGGCAGCCCCGCCAGCGGCGGCUGCUGGUCCGACAGAGGAUCCCGCAAUCUCUGGCGAAAUGUACGAUGGAAAUGCUGCAGCAGAUGGAACAGAAGACGAGCGGCGACGACUCAGCAUGAAGGCGCAACAUGUUGGUGGGCCGUCUGCGACAGAAGGGUACGGCGGCGCCCACGCAAAUUCGUAUACCACAGGCAACCAACGACCAGCCAUUGCUGGAGGGCUCUAUCCCCCAAAUACCGACCGCGGGUCCGCAAAUUCGAAUGCUGCGCCGAGCGUUCCCAACAACCACACGCCGCAUACAGGUGUUGCCUCCGUGCCUGUAAGCGUAAGCAGCACAUCCCUUUACCCUCAGCCCGGCAUGACCGAGAGUCCAAAGUCUCUUAGCCCCGCUGGUGUUCAGGUUAACGCCGCCACUGGACCACAGCGGGCAGCCGCUGAACAGCUUGCUCAUGGGCUGAACAAUAUCACUUCGCACGGCAACUCAGUUGUGGCCGACCAAGCUGCUGUUGGCGCAAGUCGCGGACGGGGUCGAUCGACAAGCGGCACCGCGGCGCCAUCGGGAGCAAGUGCAGAAGGCGAAGCUAACUAUGCAUCACCGGAUCUCAACCUCUGGGCGUAUUUUCAGCACCUCGAGAACAAGGUCAAGAACCUCACAAGCCAGUUGGAAGCGGAAAUCAGGAACAAGACACAGCUUCUGGAAAAGCUCGAUGCGCACGAGCAACAGAUCGCGAACUUGUCAUCCGAGGUUGCGAGACUUCGGCAGCAGGUUUUAGCUCCACAAAAUGAAAGCGACGCGACUGGCGAAGCAGCUGCAGCACCGGCACCCCAACAGUAG